CUCGCUGCCCUCGACGGCGUCCGAGGUAUCUCUUGCGUCAUUGUCUUCAACUUUCACUUCUUUUUCGCGUAUACGCCAAGGGUAGCCCGCGGAUGGAGCUCCGGUCCGAGCGAAGAGUGGGCGCACCAGCUGCCCGUGGUGCGCGUCUUGUAUGCCGGGCGAGCCAUGGUGUCCGUCUUCUUCGCGCUGAGCGGGUAUGUGCUCGCGCGGCGGGCGUUGGCGGCCAUACGGGCCCGUGCCGUGGACGCGGCGCUCGCGGGGCUGGCGUCACAGACGUUUCGUCGCCCGAUCCGGCUGUACCUGCCUACACUGGCGAGCGCAUUCAUCGUGCUGGUCUUUAGCUGGCUGGGCGCGUUCCGGCUGGGGGCCGCUGUAAUGUCCGACGGCAUCACCAUCUUCUACCCAGAGCAGCAUCCCGUGAUGUUUCCGACGUUGCAGGAGCACCUGCGCGACUAUCUCACUUUUGUGGCCGACUACGUGGACUGGGCGCACUGGGACGACCGAUACAACCUCUACGAUCCGCACCUCUGGACCAUCCCGCUCGAGUUCCGCGCCAGCAUAGUCCUGUUCAUCUCGCUGGUUGGGCUGUCACGGGUGCGCUCGGGGGUGCGCAUGCUUCUCCUCACGCUGAUGGCGGCAAUAUGGUCGCGGGCGGGGAAGUUUGAGUGCGUGCUCUUCCUGAUCGGCGCCGUGAUCGCCGAGCUGGACCUCAUCAGCGACGCGUGGGGCGACAGCGAGAGUGGUAUGGGGGUGCUGCACUGGCGGGGCGGGCGCGGACGGCGGAACGGAGUCUGCGGCUGGCGGCGGUGGUGGCCGUGGGCCGAAAUGUUCGUCGCCGUGUACUUUCUCUCGUUCCCGGAUGAUGACGGCGGCACAACGCCCGGCUUCAUAUGGCUGACGGAGACGUUUGUGCCCACGUACCUGUUCGGCAUUGCGCGCUGGUACCGCAUUUUCCACGCGUCGGGGGCGCUGCUGGCGCUGCACGCCGUGUGCAAUUCGCCGGCGCUGCGGCGGCCGUUCGAGUCGUCGAUGGCGCAGUACUUUGGGCGCAUCAGCUACGCCUUCUACCUGAUGCACGGGCCGGUGAUGCACAGCGUGGGGUUCGUGGUGAUGCGGGUGUUGUGCGGGCUGGCGGGGCGCAACGGCAGGUACGUCGGCUGUCUGGCUGUGGGGUGGCUCAUUAGCCUGGGGGUCAGCGUUUGCGCGGCGGAUAUCUUCUGGCGGUGCGUUGAUGCGCCGAGCGUGAGGCUCGCGCGCUGGGCGGAGAAGCGCGCUACUGUGGUGGGG